UCCCGAUACUAAAAACAGAAACUUGGAGAUUUUGGAGCGAGCGAAAAUGAAACCGGGCCGGGGCAAUAAAAGCCCUGGAGGACUCGGACGCUGGAUUCAUCCACCCGCCGGCCGGCCGGACAGACAGACGGCAGCGCCCGCGCACCAGGAUGCGGCUGGGUGGACUCGCGCUGCUGCUCCAGGCGCUGCUGAGCUCCGGGCUCCCGGCGCUGGGGUUCCCCGCGGCCGGGCAGGGCCCCGGGUUCGACGGAGCCGCCCGCUGGGGCCGGGAGAUGCAGGCGGAAUUCGGGAGCAGCUUGAAACUUGCCAGGAAACUGCUCGUGGAGACGAAAAUCCUCACGCAACAAUUUGUGUCGGAGCGUCUGGCUGGUGCCAAGCUGCCAUUCCCCGGCCUGUCGAACUCGGGGCUCCUGCCCCCCACGAGCCGCACAGCCCAGCAGUGGCUGGCCCUGCCGGCGCUGCGGCGGCUGCGGGAGAUGCGGCGGGCGCUGGGCCUGUUUCGGGGCUACGUGGAGGUUGUGGGGCGCAGGGAGCCCGGCCUGGCCCGGGGGCUGCACGAAAUCAGCCUGGACCUGCGGGACCUGAUGCACCACGUCGACUACCAGGUGGGGGGCUCUGGCCAGCCUGCCCCCCAGCCCCCGGGGCCCCCCGGGGCCCCCCGCAUCCUGCAGCACCCCAGCGACUGGAGCAACCUGCAGGAGUCGUACCUGGUUCUGCGCGCCAUGGAGACCUUCCUGGGCCGCGUCGUCCGGGACUUCACCCUGCUGCGCGUGGGGGGGGGCUGGGCCCCCCACUGACCCCCCCACACCCU